CAGAGGUGAGUCACGUGGGCCCUCCCGGUUCCGGCGCGGCGGAGGUCCCGAGUGGUGAACGAGGCUCCGGCACCAUGACUGGUUCGUCUGGCCCGCAAGCCCGGCCCGGCCCCGGCCCGCUGGCGUUGCUGUUCUUGCUCCUGCUCGGCCCCAGCUCGGUCCUCGGCAUCUCCUUCCAUCUGCCCAUUAAUUCUCGCAAGUGUCUCCGCGAGGAGAUCCACAAGGACCUACUCGUGACGGGCGCGUACGAGAUCACCGACCAGUCUGGGGGCGCCGGCGGCCUGCGCACCUACCUCAAGAUCACAGAUUCUGCUGGCCAUAUUCUGUACUCCAAGGAGGACGCGUCCAAGGGGAAGUUCGCCUUUACCACCGAGGAUUAUGACAUGUUCGAAGUGUGUUUUGAGAGCAAAGGCACAGGGCGGAUACCUGACCAACUCGUGAUCCUAGACAUGAAACAUGGAGUAGAGGCGAAAAAUUACGAAGAGAUCGCAAAAGUGGAGAAGCUCAAACCACUGGAGGUGGAGCUGCGACGCCUGGAAGACCUUUCCGAGUCCAUCGUCAACGAUUUUGCCUACAUGAAGAAGCGAGAGGAGGAGAUGCGCGACACCAAUGAGUCAACGAACACCCGGGUCCUGUACUUCAGCAUCUUUUCAAUGUUCUGCCUCAUCGGACUAGCCACUUGGCAGGUCUUCUACCUGCGUCGCUUCUUCAAGGCCAAGAAGUUGAUUGAGUAAUGAGGCACAGUCCCCUCCCCACUGGAAUCCCAGCCAGCAGGACAUCCGCUGGAACGUGCCUGUCCCAGGGCCUCCUACCUACCGCACCAUCCAGGCACGUUGGCACUUGCUUGCCAGAACUGAUCUCCUGGUGUGGGAGGACAGGGGCACCACCUGCACCCAGAAGUCAGUGAGAGACUUCUUUGAACUUGGUAGGAUUUGAAUUGGUUUUGCAACAAUAGGACUAUUAUUAGAGUCACCUAUGACAAAAACAGAGGUUACCUAGAUAAUGCCAAAGCCAGCAUUCGUCCUGGGUUUCCUCACGUCAUCAGUUUGAACUAUUGCUUUCCUCCUCCCACUUGCUUACCAGCUUGGGCUUUCACGCUAGUUCUUUUACCAGGAUUUGUGUGAUCACAUUGAACUUGUUUCAUACUGAUUGCAUCUUUGGGUUUUCUUCUGAAAAUACCCUGAACUUUGUCUUCAUCCUUAGCUGAAAUGUUCACAUAGCUUCUGGUGAUGCUUUUCAUAAUUUUAUGUCUGUUAAAAGGGUGAUGGAUGUGACACUUCAUAAAAGGCAGGUUUGAACUGCAGAUAAACUCUUAAAGAUCUCAUUUUAGAUUUAAAACAUUUGUGCUGAACUGCUUGAGCUUUAUUUGGUUCUAUGCAAUUCCAUCGUAGAUUCAUAUGACCAUGACAAGAGACAGUACAGCUCUAUCAUCCACCCCUCGUGCUGCCUUCUUACAGCCACAGCCAUCCCCCACAGUGCCCCUCCCCCAGCCUCUGGCAACUGUGACUCUCUUCACUAUCUGUAAUUUUGUCAUUUAAAAAAUGUUACGUAAGCAGAGUCUAUAGAGUAUGACCUUUCGAAAUUGACAUUUUUCAUGCAACAAAUUCUAUGAAAUUCAUCCAAGUUGUGGCACAUAUUGAUACUUUGGUCGUUUUUAUUGCUGAGUAAUAUUCCAUGGUUGCAGAUGUACUGCAGUUUAACCGUUCACCCACUGAAGGACAAAUGGUUUGUUUUCAGUUUGGGGCCCUUUCUAAUAAAGCUUUUGUGACCAUUUGUGUAUAAGUUUUAUAUAAACAUAAAUUUUCAUUUCUUUGGGGUAAAGGCCCAAAAGGGCAGUUGCUGGGUUGUGUAGUAAGCAUGUUUAGUUUUGUACAAAACUUCGCUAUUCUUGUUGUAGAGCAGUUGUACCAUUUUACAUUUCCACUGCAGUGUAUCACUGAUCCAGUUUCUCCUCAUUCUUACCAGCAUUUGGGAUUAUUACUGUUAAAGUGUGUGUAAUAUCACAGUUUUAAUUUGCAUUUUCCUAAUGAUUAAUGAUGUUGAACAUCUUUUCAUGAGUUUGUUUUCCAUCUGUAGAUUCUCUUAUGUGAAAUGUGUCUGUUUUCCAUUUUCUAAUUGACCAUUUGUUCCUUUUGAGUUUCGAGAGUUCCUUAUUAUCCUAGGUAGAAGUCCUCUAUCAGAUCUGUGGUUGUUUGGAAUUGUAACGUAACUUCUACUGGAGCAAAAAUAAGUAAAACUUAUCACUUCUCUUUGCAUGGCCAGUCA